UGACGUCAAUAAAAAGCGACGGUGAGCAGGCCUACGAAAUCAACACAGAAAAAUAGGACAGGAAGAAAAGUGUUUGUUGUUUUUGGUUAAAUAAAUCCGUUUGAAUAAACGCAAUGCCGAAAGUGAAGAGGAGCAGGAAACCACCUCCGGAUGGCUGGGAGUUGAUUGAACCGACCUUGGACGAACUAGACCAAAAGAUGAGAGAAGCCGAGACGGAGCCUCACGAGGGAAAGAGGAAGGUGGAGUCCCUGUGGCCGAUAUUCAGACUGCACCACCAGAGGAGCAGAUAUAUCUUCGACUUGUUCUAUAAGAGGAAGGCCAUCAGCAGAGAGCUGUAUGACUACUGUAUAAAGGAGAGUUAUGCUGAUAAGAACCUGAUCGCUAAGUGGAAGAAACAGGGAUACGAGAACCUCUGUUGUCUUCGCUGCAUCCAGACACGAGACACCAACUUUGGAACCAACUGCAUCUGUAGAGUCCCCAAGAGCAAACUGGAGGCCGGCAGGAUAAUAGAGUGUACCCACUGUGGCUGCCGGGGCUGCUCCGGCUGAAUCGUCAGGAUCGCCUGGCUGUUCUACUCUGGAUCGUCUAGUCAGGUCUGGAUCGCCUGGCUGUUUUGCUGUGGAUCGUCUAGUCUGGCCUGGCUGUUCUGCUCUGGAUCGUCAGUUAUUUUCUACGGGACAUCAGGGCUCAUCUAUUCCACCUGUGUGCUUUAUGACCCUGGAGCGUCUAAUCUCAAAUAUACCCCUACUCUCGCCCCCUAGUCUCUCGCCCCCUGGUCUCUCGCCCCCUGGUCUCUCGCCCCCUGGUCUCUCGCCCCCUAGUCUCUCGCCCCCUAGUCUCUCGCCCCCCAGUCUCUCGCCCCCCAGUCUCUCGCCCCCCAGUCUCUCGCCCCCCAGUCUCUCGCCCCCCAGUCUCUCGCCCCCCAGUCUCUCGCCCCCCAGUCUCUCGCCCCCCAGACUCUCGCCCCCUAGACUCUAGCCCCCUAGCCCCCUAGUCUCUAGCCCCCUAGUCUCUAGCGCCCUAGACUCUAGCCCUCUAGACUCUAGCCCCCUAGACUCUCGCCCUCUAGACUCUAGCCCCCUGGUCUCUAGCCCCCUGGUCUCUAGCCCCCUAGUCUCUAGCCCCCUAGUCUCUAGCCCCCUAGUCUCUAGCCCCCUAGACUCUAGCCCCCUAGUCUCUAGCCCUCUAGACUCUAGACUCUAGCCCCCUACUCCCUACUCUCUAGCCCCUCCUCCCCGUAUAGGGGUGUCUUUGUGAUUGGACAGGGUUAUUCUUACCAUUCCAGCUGUUUUGGACACGCGGUGGUCAUUAAGUGCUAUUGUACCUCAUUUACAAUGAAGAGGUCUGUGGGAGAGGGAAGGAUGGGAGCUUUUUAAGCCGUUAAACAUGUCAUUGCUUUCAACCUGAUGAUUCUAGUUUAAUUUGUAUUUUUUUUAUUUUAUAAUUUCAAUUAAAACUCUCUUGUUUUAA